AUGCGCAAUGCGAAGCCGCUACACGUCUUGUCCUCAUCCGUUUCCUUCCUGCUCCUGCCCAUCAUGGACUCGCUUAACUUCCACAAGACUGACAGUGUCCCGGGCUCCCUCGAAGGCUACGGACUAGGCUCGUUCGACAGUAUCACCAUGCCCAACAACUCACACGCCGGCUCUAUGCGUCCGAGUACGAACGGUACCUUCUGGCAAAUGCAGUAUCAGCAACUUCAGAUCAAGUACAACAUGCUGGAGAUGGAUAGCAACUCUACAAGACGCGCAUAUAUGGACCUUGGCGGCAAGCUGGAACUUGCGCUCAAGGCUGUCGAAGCAGCAACUCUCGGGCUCGAAGGAGGCCUCAAGAGAAUAGACGACGGCGUACAGAAGAUCGACGACAACAUCAAGAAACUCACUAUGCUCCGCGACAAGAUGAAGAGCACGUUUUCAACUGCAGGCUCGGCUACUGCCACCACCUCCUAUCCCAUUCACCCCCCACGUCGUGACGAAAACUUCAGCGAGAAGGUCUGCUGGACUACGGAAGAUCUAGACAAAUACUCGAAGACCGCGGCCGAUGCUGCAGAGCAGCCGCUCAACAAGGCGCUACGCUUCCUUCGCCACAAGGACGGCUCGAUCAUCGACCCUGCACGCGUCGCAGUACUUCGAGAACACUUCCGACAAUGCCUCAAUCAAGUCUCUCGCGAAGGCAAGCCGGUUCCGAACUACGGCGACGUCGGUGUCGAGACUCUGCGCUACAUCCAGCACGAGAUGUACCAGCAAUUCCCCGAGAUCAACUACUGCGACGACCACUGGAAGUUCAAGAGACUCUGGCAGGUCGCGUACUCCUCGUGGAAACAGUCCCGCGCCGAUCUUUUCCCUCCGAAAGGACGCAGCAUCAAGUCAGAGCGCACCACUCCCGCUCUGCUUUCGCAUACACCCACACCUGCUCUGAUUACGCACAAAUCGACGCAUCCUGCUCUGCCGCCAUUGUCUAUUACGGCGACUACGCGCCCCUCACUUGACUUCUCGACCUUAAUUGCGCUUGACAGCGCCGACAAUCCCGAUGCUGUUAUUCCCGCUCAUCAAAGCCUCGACUCUGUGGACUCCAGCUCCCUGCCUGACGAGCGCUCUGCUGCUACGCUUCCGCCUCGGCACUCAUCCAACAAGCGGAUGCAUAGCUCCGAGAACAAUACUAGUGAUACUGCUAACAAGAGACAGAAGACGGACGAUGCAACUGUCCGAUACAAGGUCAUCAAUCCGUUGUACGUGCGUCCCGCGUUUGCGACGUUCUUGCUGAUAGACGAGGCUAGAAUGAACGUCACCCUCAUUGACACGGGGAAUGUCAUUUCACCGAUGUUGCCGUCGGACAGCUCGGGGAACCCGCCGGCGCCCGCUUCCCAGGCGGGCGAUGCAUCUGCGGAUGGACACGCAUCGUCGCAAGGUCAGCUCGGCGGCCAGUCCGUCGCUGCGAAGGCUACGAAGGCUACGCUGCCGAGAACAAAGGCGUGGGUAUUGGGCUUGAAGGUUACCGCAUUCAACUUGUUUGCGCACGAUUGUCGCCGCAAAGACGAUAAGGCGCAAUACGCCGCCACGAAGACCGCGUGGGACUCUAUCAAAGGGAACGAGGAGUACAAGCACUACGUCAAGCGGGCGAAGGACAUCGCGAAGUCGCACAACUCACUGGAUGUGUACUUCGCCGAAGUGGACAAGGGCAACGCGGGGAAGUCAGGUGCCGAGGUGGCUACCAUUGCGUGGGAUUGGCUGGCAUAUCCGAACUUCUCACUGGGGCUGAGGCUCGAAGAGCUCGAGCUGUCAGUGGAGGCGUGGCGGAAUCAUUCCGAUUGCCUCCCUGAUUCAUACUCGCACAUAGCACUCCCGCGCCUUUCGUCCGUUCGCCUCUCGCAGUACACGCACACCGUCCUGGCGUAUAUCGUUGCCCCGCGACUUACUCAUGUCGACCUGAGCCUCUCGACGGAGGCGUCUGGCGAUGGAGAUGUCUUCGCCUCGCUCCUUGCGCUGCUAGAACGCGGGGAGAACUCCAUGGAGGCGCUCAAGGUUGAGCACGUCUUUGUCGAAUCCGCGGCCUACUUCGUGCGCUGCCUCGGUAAGCUUACGAGCUUGACCUCGUUGUCAAUAAAUGGAUACCCGGGAACACGGACGCUGAUGGAUGCAACGACACUCAAGACUCUGAGCUGCUCGUCGAUGCUCCCGAACCUGCAACACAUCGUUGUGCACUACUUGGGCGGCAUCUGGCCAGCAACGCUCGAUGCGUGGUAUGCAUUUCUAGAUUGGAGAAGUCGGGAGAGGAUGUACGAGGGUGUUGUGGUCAAGGCGUUGGUCUACGUCGAUGCGGAUGUGCCUGACAGAGGUCUGCGUGCGCCGUCUCCGGACUACGGCAGCGCAAUGUUCGACCUGUAG